AUGUCUAAAGAAAGUUCACAUAUUGAAGUGAAGAAUAAAUCGAUCCAAAUAUUACAGUACAGUUCUAGUGCCUUGAUAAAAUAUUCUGGAUUAAUCGAUUAUUUAAGUCACCUUUAUUCAAACAACGUACGUGUCUUGACAUCAAAAGUUCUGAAUAUUAAGUAUGACCUAACUUUAUAUGCAAAUUUUAUCUUCCAUUCUAGCAGCAAGACCAGCAAUUAUUAA